AGAAUGAACGCGAGCGCUUCCUCUCUCAACGAGUCCCAGGUGGUGACAGUGGCGGCUGAGGGAGCAGCAGCGGCCACGGCAAGGGCGUCUGACACUGGAGAAUGGGGGCCCCCAGCAGCCGCAGCAGCACUGGGAGGUGGUGGUGCUGCUGCAAACGCAUCGCUGGAGCUGUCUUCGCAGCUGCCCGCGGGUCCACAGGGGCUGCUGUUAUCGGCAGUAAAUCCAUGGGACGUGCUGCUGUGUGUGUCAGGGACAGUGAUAGCGGGUGAGAAUGCACUAGUGGUGGCGCUUAUCGCUUCCACCCCUGCGCUGCGCACGCCCAUGUUCGUCCUGGUGGGCAGCCUAGCCACGGCUGACCUCCUGGCCGGCUGUGGCCUCAUCCUGCACUUCGUGUUCCAGUAUCUGGUGCCCUCGGAGACAGUGAGCUUGCUCACGGUGGGAUUCCUCGUGGCCUCCUUCGCCGCCUCAGUCAGCAGUCUAUUAGCCAUCACAGUGGACCGCUACUUGUCCCUUUAUAAUGCUCUCACCUACUACUCUCGCCAGACACUGUUGGGAGUGCAUCUCCUGCUCGCCGCCACCUGGAGUGUGUCCAUAGGCCUCGGGCUAAUGCCGGUGCUGGGCUGGAACUGCCUGGCCGAGCAAGCCACCUGCAGUGUGGUGCGCCCACUGACACGCAGCCACGUGGCACUGCUCUCGGCCACUUUCUUCGCAGUUUUUGGCAUCAUGCUGCAUCUGUACGUGCGUAUCUGCCAGGUAGUCUGGAGACACGCGCAUCAGAUUGCUCUGCAGCAGCACUGCCUGGCACCACCUCACCUCGCUGCUACCAAGAAGGGUGUGGGUACGCUGGCCGUGGUGCUGGGCACUUUUGGUGCCAGUUGGCUGCCCUUCGCGAUCUACUGCGUAGUGGGCAGUCGUGAGGACCCUGCCGUCUACACCUAUGCCACCCUGCUACCCGCCACCUACAACUCCAUGAUCAACCCCAUCAUCUAUGCCUUCCGAAACCAGGAGAUUCAACGCGCACUGUGGCUCCUGUUCUGUGGUUGUUUCCAGUCCAAAGUGCCCUUCCGUUCCAGGUCCCCCAGUGAGGUCUGA